AUGGGUGAUAUGAUUAUGACGAAUGAAAAUAAAAAUCUUUUAAUAACCUCCACAUUUCUCCUUCGAGUGGAUGCUACACAGCUUGUCUUACGCCUAGAAAUGGUAAGAGGAGUUAGAUAA